GAGGCAGCGGCGGGGACAGCCACUGCAGCAGCAUUCGCGCCAGCUCCAGCCCGCAGCUCGCAGGGAGAGUCCGGCUCCUGUCCUGCCUGCAGCAGCCAAGCCCAGACCUGUCCAGCACCAUGGACGUCUUCAAAAAGGGCUUCUCCAUCGCCAAAGAGGGCGUGGUGGGUGCCGUGGAGAAGACCAAGCAGGGGGUGACAGAGGCAGCCGAGAAGACCAAGGAGGGGGUCAUGUAUGUGGGAGCCAAGACCAAGGAGGGUGUCGUGCACAGCGUGACCUCAGUGGCUGAGAAGACCAAGGAGCAGGCCAACGCCGUGAGCGAGGCUGUGGUCACCAGCGUCAACACCGUGGCCGCCAAGACCGUGGAGGAGGCGGAGAACAUCGCGGUCACUUCUGGGGUGGUGCGCAAGGACGACUUGAAGCAACCUGCCCCCCCACAGGAGGACGAGGCAGCCAGAGAGGAAGAGGAAGCGGCUGAAGAGGCCAAGAGUGGGGCAGACUAGAGGGCUGCCAGCCAGCUCGGAGGCCCGAGGACACUCCUCUGCCCUGGACCCCGCCCCCUCGUGGCACAAGGAGUGCCGCCCUGGCGUGUGACCUGCAGCUGCCCACACUCCCCGCCCCUCGCCUGGCCGCCCGCACCGCCCUCCCUUGGCCCUUCCUGCCCUCUGGUCCUUCUGACCCCACAGAUGCUGCUGUGAAUGUAUUUAUUUAUUUUGUGUGUAUGUGACUCCAAAUAAAACUUGAGCCCUA